UAAAGCAGCCGCCUCCACUUGACAUGGACGAAGACUUUGACUUAACUGUAGCUCUAAGGCUUCGAUUAUAUAAUCCCAGAAGAAGAUCUAAUUAGCUCAUCGUCACAUUCUCAUCCAAGUUCAACAUGGCAGAUCAAUCGAAGAAACUAGUGCUGAAGUUGGAGCUCCGUGAUGAGAAGGAUAAGAAGAAGGCCAUGAAAGCAAUUUCCGGGCUUCCUGGGAUAGAUUCGAUAUCGAUAGACAUGAAAGACCAGAAGUUGACUAUCACGGGCACGAUCGACCCAAUCACGGUGGUGGCCAAGUUGAGAAAGUCCCGACACGCCGAGUUACUCUCGGUCGGACCGGCGAAAGAGGAGAAGAAAAAGGAGGAACCAAAGAAGGAAGAACCCAAGAAGGAGGAAAAGAAGGAAGGCGACAAGGACAAGGAGAAGGAACAGAUUGCCGAGCUGAUAAAGGCUUAUCAGACUUACAACCCUCAUAUGACCACCCACUACUAUAUGCAGAGUGCUGAGGAGAACCCCAACGCCUGUGUGGUCAUGUGAUUAGGUUAAUUAUCAGAGCUAGGACGUACUAGUUGAGAUGAGAUUCUAUUAAAAUCUAUAUAUCCUUGAUCUUUGUUUCUUUUUUGGAGUUUAAUUACAUGUAUGUAAGUUCUUCUUUAUCUAUAGAACUGUGAUUUGCUGCUGGUCUA